GUUCCUCUUUUCCCUCCACCCUGCCCUCCUCCUCGGUCCUCCUCCUUACCCCCAUCUUAUUCCUUUCCCGAUCCUGCCCUCCUUUUACCCUCUCUGUUUUCCUGCUUUUCCAUCUAUCCGCUUUUCCUGCCUCUUGUUCUUUUCCCUCCAUCCCUCUCUUUCCUCCAUCCUCUUCCUUUAAUCUGUCAUCGUCCACCACCACCACUACCACCUCCCCUUCCUCCGCCCCUCACUCACUAUCAUCCUCCCUUCCUCAUCCUCAUCCUCGUUCCCUCCUCCUCCUCUUCUGCUUUUCUCCGCCCCAGCCCCCGCCCCCAAGCCUCCGCCCCUUAGCCCCCGCCCCCAGCUGCCAGUCCCCAGCAGCUCAGUCCUGCAGUGAGAGUCUUGGGAGUCCAUAGCUAAGCACCAGGAGCUGAGCCCUGUCCGCUGUGCCUGCCUGCAAGUCUCCGACAUGGCUCAGGAGAAAAUGGAGCUGGACUUUGAGCCCGAUACAUCUGAUGGGGGCACCCUGAGGAGAUCCAGCAGCGCUCCCCUGAUCCAUGGGCUCAGUGACCUUUCCCAGGUUUUUCAACCUUAUACCUUUAGAACUCGGAGGAAUAGUACAACGAUCAUGAGCCGACAUAGCCUGUUGCUGUCGCCCUCGCCUAGCCGUGUUCCUAGCAGCAGGCUGCAUCAGAUCAAAAGGGAGGAAGGCAUGGAUAUGAUGAACAGGGAAACUGCACACGAACGGGAAGUGCAGACAGCAAUGCAGAUAAGCCAGUCAUGGGAUGAGAGCUUGAGCCUGAGUGACAGCGAUUUUGAGAAGCCGGAGAAACUAUAUUCUCCUAAAAGAAUUGACUUCACCCCGGUGUCUCCAGCACCAUCGCCCACUAGAGGAUUUGGAAAGCAAUGUUUUUCACCAUCCUUACAAAUGUUUGUGAGCAGCAGCGGGCUGCCCCCGAGCCCCGUUCCUAGUCCAAGACGCUUCACCAGCAGGAGGAGUCAGAGUCCAGUCAAGUGCAUCAGGCCCAGUGUUCUUGGUCCUCUGAAAAGAAAAGGUGAAAUGGAGACAGAAAGCCAGCCCAAGAGGCUCUUCCAAGGCACUACCAGCAUGCUGUCUCCAGAGGCUGCACAACUGUCUGAUCUCAGUUCAUGGUGGUGUUAUCAAGGAGAAGAAAUCCCUGCCUUGACCAGAUGUGUGGAGCAUCUACAAAUGAAUGAAUAAUGUUAUUUACACCCAAAGCACUGUGUAGAAAAGCAUGCAUGGGGCGUGACAGCUUGCCUCGGGUGGUAUUACGAGGCCUGAGGUGCCUUGGGGUACAGUGUUGUGCUGUAAAGAUGGAUGUCUUAAGGUAGGGUAGAAAAGGGGGCUUUAAUGUGUCUGAUUGCCACAUACUGUUUUGAUUGCUGCUUUUUUUUUCCUGAUUAUUUUUCUGUCCUUGGAUUUGUUGGUUUUGUCGCGUGGUGAGUGUGUGCUGCCGCUGACUCUGUUUGGGUUAAUCAUGUUGCCACCAGAGUCCAAAUCCAGUUCUUGUCGAUGCUGCCUCCUAGUAAGGGCAAUUUAAUAUCUGUGAGGAAGCUUUUAGGAGCUUAAAAAAAGUCGAUGUUACUGUGCAUUCUGCUUUUAAUGGAGCUGUUUGAGCUGUGAACAGUGUACAUGAUAGUAAGUCCGAGGUACCGUAAGUUAUUUAAUUUUUAAAAGGAAAAUCCUGCUAGAGCUAUUUAAAAAAAAACAAACCGAGUGUAAUCUAUCGUUGUAUUAUUUAUUAUUUAAAACUGUGUAAAAAUGUCUGUUGUGCUUGGUUGCUUUUUAAUGUUCAGACAUCGUGGUUGGAUUGUCUGUGUUUAAUAUGCAAAUUUGCCUGCUAGGAUCACAAUAUUCUACUUUUGAAAUGAAUGUAAGAAAUGGAAACUACUGCCCCUGUGUCCUUUGAAGGCAAAGAUUCUUGAAUUUUGAAGGAAGAUGAUGCACUUUGAGGGGUCUCACAGAAUAGUCCUACCAUAUGGCUUGAGGGGAAAGCGAUCCGCUUUGACUUACAAGAAGAGCAUCACUUAGCUUUGCAGUGAGUAGUUCUGCUCCGGCAUCCGAGGUGGCGUUGAUUCUAAACUGUACUAACCGCCCCAGUGGCCAUUAACGGCUUGAUUUCUCGUAUUGCUUUCACCCGUGCAAGGUCCCUCAGCUUUCAAGCCCAACAUCAGUGUACAUACUAUGAAGCGUGUUCCCUAGCGUGCCAUUUUUAAAGAAUUACUUCGAUGGUAUCCAGUGUGUCUGUCCUGUUUCUGAAAGAACCGCAUUCAAAUGUUUCUGCCCAUAUAAUGCCGAGAGAUGGUUUUCUCUUUUACAGGCUAAUCAUCCACUUUCGCACUACUGUCUUCUUUGCCUUAAAGGGAUACUUUUGGCCAUGAUUUUUUUUGGCUCUAAUUUAGGUCUCGUAAGAAACAACCUUCGGAAUGUGAUGGUAUUUCAAUUUCUUCUUGAGAUCCAGUGGUGGGUGAGAAUUGGGAGAGGGAAUUGUAGUCAUUAACAGUAGUGUGAGAACUAGGAGACGAGAUGAGUCACUUCAUCGUUGAACCCGGGGUUCGUUUUUAUUGUUCAAAUCGACUAGAAAGUUAAGUUUAUGCAGGGAUUGUUUUGGAAAAAAUAAAAGAGAGAUGCUAGCCUUCAGAUGAGCUUUGUUGACAGUACCCCUUUAUUUUUAUAUGAAGUCUAAUAUUUGAAAAGUGGUCAUUAUUAUAAAGUAAAAUUCUCUCUUCCUAUUCUAAUAUAUCAUAUUUCCGGCUUCUAUUUGAAAGCAAGUACAAGAGAUGAUAUCAUAAAAAAAUCCUACAGAUGCUCUUUUUGCUUGACUAACUUAAUAUAAUCAUACUCUGUUUCAUGAUAACUGCUUUUGGAAUAAAUAAUAGGAAGUUUUGUGAAAUGCUGACCUUGUGUAUAUCUUAGAAUGCAAAUUUAAUAAAAUGUGUACACAUGCAUAAAAUUCGA